AAAAGAAGCAAAAGAAAAAGAGUAAAAGUGAGGAGAGUAGGUUCUUCGGUAUUCCUUUGGAUUCAUCAGAUCUCUUUAUUGUUCUCUCUCCCCCCCACCCCUUUCUCUCUGGCUUUCUAUGUUCGAAUUUGUUUCAUAUUUAGAUUUUAAGAAAAGCGGUUUUCCAUUGCUGCAACUUCAAGAACCUUCUUGAUCGUAACGAUCUAGGGUUUCUAAAGUGAACUCUGUACUCUUCAACAGUCUCUGAGAAGCUUCUUUGCGUUCAGAUCUGCAAGCUUUUGGUAUCUUUUUCCUCAGUGUUGCAGAGAAGAGAAGCGUUUUCGCUCUGGCGUUUCAAAGGAGGCGCUUAGCUUGAUGGUUCUUACAUAGUUACAUUCUCUUUCCCAGUUUUCCGAGUCUUCCAGCAUUCGGAGGCCUAGGGUUUCAAGAAAAUUACCGUCUAGUCAUCACCAAGCCAGAGGAGACAGACCGUUCUGUUUUUCGGUUUUUCCUUUUGCGAACCUUUGGGAUAUCUGGAGGUUUCUACCGGCAUUUGAAGUUAACACGGCUUUCUAACUCUGUAUCCCGAACUCUAGGGUUUCACGAUUUUUGAAUUUAAAUCCCCAUUAUUUGCUGCACGUUCUAUCGUUUCCGCAACUCCUCUUGUUUCUUUCACACCAUCAUUCAUCCAGAAAAUGCAGCGACCCCUACCGCCUGAAGAAUACUCCCUGAAGGAGACCUCGCCGCACCUCGGCGGGGGAGGGGUAACUGGCGACAAACUCACCAGCACCUAUGACCUGGUUGAGCAGAUGCAGUACCUGUACGUGCGGGUUGUCAAGGCCAAGGACUUACCUGGAAAAGAUGUUACUGGAACUUGUGAUCCCUAUGUUGAGGUGAAACUCGGAAACUACAAGGGAACAACUCGGCAUUUCGAGAAGAAGUCAAAUCCUGAGUGGAAUCAGGUCUUUGCUUUUUCCAAAGAUCGAAUCCAGGCUUCUGCACUUGAGGUUGUGGUGAAAGACAAGGAUUUUGUGAAGGAUGAUUUCAUGGGCCGAGUUAUAUUCGACCUCAAUGAAGUUCCCAAACGUUUUCCGCCAGAUAGCCCAUUGGCGCCGCAGUGGUAUAGACUGGAAGAUCGGAAGGGGGAGAAGGUCAAGGGAGAGGUCAUGUUGGCUGUGUGGAUGGGUACUCAGGCCGAUGAAGCAUUUCCUGAGGCAUGGCAUUCGGAUGCUGCCACUGUUAGUAGCGACGGUCUUGCAACUAUUCGGUCAAAGGUAUAUCUCUCUCCGAAGCUUUGGUAUCUUAGGGUCAAUGUGAUUGAAGCUCAGGAUUUGCAACCUAGCGACAAAGCCAGGUAUCCAGAAGUUUAUGUUAAAGCUAUUCUCGGUAAUCAGGCUUUGAGAACUAGAGUUUCUCAGAGCAAGAGCAUUAAUCCAUUGUGGAACGAAGAUUUGAUGUUUGUGGCGGCAGAACCAUUUGAAGAGCACUUAGUCUUGAGUGUGGAAGAUAGAGUGGCACCUAACAAGGAUGAAAUUUUGGGGAAGUGUGUUAUUCCUUUACAGUAUGUAGAUAGAAGAUUGGACUAUAAGCCUGUCAACACUAGGUGGUUUAACCUUGAGAAGCAUGUGGUAGUUGCAGAGGGAGAGCAGAAAAAGAAGGAUACCAAGUUUUCUAGUAGGAUUCAUCUAAGGAUCUGUUUGGAAGGUGGUUAUCAUGUUCUCGAUGAAUCAACACACUACAGUAGUGAUCUCAGGCCAACAGGAAAGCAGUUGUGGAAGCCUAGCAUUGGGGUUUUGGAAUUGGGAAUUUUGAGUGCACAGGGGUUGAUGCCAAUGAAAACCAAGGAUGGACGGGGGACUACUGAUGCCUAUUGUGUGGCGAAAUAUGGUCAGAAAUGGGUCCGGACAAGGACAAUUAUAGAUAGCUUUACUCCAAGGUGGAAUGAACAAUACACAUGGGAGGUUUUUGAUCCCUGCACUGUCAUUACGAUUGGUGUAUUUGAUAAUUGUCACUUGCAGGGUGGAGAUAAAGCUGGAGGGGCGAAGGAUUCAAGAAUUGGAAAGGUGAGGAUUCGACUCUCCACGCUUGAAACUGAUCGAGUAUACACCCACUCAUAUCCCCUCCUGGUUCUACAUUCGUCUGGGGUGAAGAAGAUGGGUGAAGUUCAAUUGGCUGUGCGGUUUACAUGCUCGUCUUUGCUUAAUAUGAUGCAUAUUUACUCACAGCCACUGUUACCAAAAAUGCAUUAUCUUCAUCCUCUAUCUGUUAUGCAACUUGAUAGCUUGAGGCACCAGGCCACUCAAAUAGUUUCUAUGAGGUUGAGCCGUGCAGAACCACCACUGCGGAAGGAGGUUGUGGAGUAUAUGCUGGAUGUGGAUUCACAUAUGUGGAGUAUGAGGAGAAGCAAAGCUAAUUUUUUCCGGAUUAUGGGAGUCCUGAGUGGGCUGAUUGCAGUUGGGAGAUGGUUUGAUCAGAUAUGCAAUUGGAAAAAUCCUCUUACAACAAUUCUGAUCCACAUUCUCUUCUUAAUACUGGUCCUCUAUCCAGAGCUGAUACUGCCUACCAUUUUUCUCUACCUCUUCUUGAUUGGGGUUUGGUACUUCCGAUGGAGGCCAAGAAAUCCACCUCACAUGGAUACUCGUCUCUCUCAUGCUGAGAAUGCACAUCCUGAUGAAUUGGAUGAAGAGUUUGAUACAUUUCCAACUUCCAGGCCGGCUGAUAUUGUGAGGAUGAGGUAUGAUCGUUUGAGAAGUGUGGCAGGGAGGAUACAGACGGUGGUUGGUGACUUGGCAACACAGGGGGAGAGGUUGCAGUCUCUUCUGAGCUGGAGGGAUCCUAGAGCCACAGCACUUUUUGUGACCUUCUGUUUGAUUGCUGCAAUAGUGCUUUAUGUGACACCAUUCCGUGUCGUGGCCCUUCUCACAGGCAUUUAUGUGUUGAGGCAUCCGAGGUUCAGGCACAGGCUUCCUUCGGUGCCACUCAACUUCUUCAGGAGGUUGCCGGCAAGAACUGACAGCAUGCUAUGAAAAAACAACUUGUUGAGCUGUUAUUUGCCUCAGUCUCAAACGGGCUCCCAGCUAGUCUCUCACCUCAUACUACAGGUGCAUGUGGUAAUGGAUGGGGCUUGUCUUAUUUUUAUUUUUAAUUGAUGGUGGGUGUUGGGUUAUUUGGUAUCAUGUGUAAUUUUUCCUCCUAUGUAUUGGCUUGGUAGUUGUCAUGAAUCUGCACUUUUAAUUAUGUUGUUUCUGUUUUAAACUGUCCUUUCCAUUGGAAAUCAAUGCAUGUUGAUCUGUAGGUUUUGAUCCAAAUUCAGUCCAUUGCCACCAACUUUCUAGAUAUGGCAAUACCCCAAUACUGUUAUUGCCUGUAGCUUGUAAACGGUAUGCUUCAACAUUUGUCUAUUUCUUCUGAAUGGGUAGGUUGGCUAUGGGUUUCGAUCCUGGUA